AUGACGACGAUUCGGAUCGCAGAUGAUGCGCGUCAAGGUGGUGAAAGUCGCUUGAGUGGUGAAGGCGCUAUCUCCAGGACAACAUCCACCGUGCAACCAGAAGGAGACGAAGGCGACGAUAACAUCUACAAUAUCCGCUCCCAGGCCAGGCUUCCUGGUCGGAUCAGCCGCAUAUCCACAGGUCAAGAGCAAGCAGAUGAGGACCCCAGUUUGCGAACACCUGGCGACUUCAAAGAGAAGCAGAACUUCAAGGGUAGGGUCCUUCUGUGGCUAGCUUACCAGUCGAUUGGCGUCAUCUAUGGCGACAUUGGAACCAGUCCCCUUUAUGUAUUCUCGUCAACAUUCAGCUCGGCACCAUCACGACAGGACCUCGUCGGGAUGAACAUCACUUACCGCGAUCCCAGGGAGGCCUCACUAGUUCGGAUGAAACGGUAUCUGUCUGGCGACCUCGAACGUGCUGGUCAAAGAGUGCGACAUCGCAUCGAAUCUAGCAAGGUCGCUAGGGAAGUAUUGAAAGUCAUAGGAGUGUUGGCCGUGACGAUGGUCCUUUCCGACGGCCUCCUUACCCCCGCGCAAUCAGUAUUGGGGGCUGUGCAAGGGAUUGAAGUCGUCCAGCCCAAUAUCUCGAAAGGCACUGUGAUCGGUGUCACUGACGCUAUCCUGGUAGUGUUAUUCUCCAUUCAGCCGCUUGGGAUAACCAAGAUUUCCUUUGCCUUCUCGCCAAUCAUUGUCAUCUGGCUUGGAUUCAAUGCAGCUUUUGGGAUCUACAACCUUGCCAAGUAUGAUGCGACUGUUUUUGAAGCCUUCAAUCCAGGUCUUGCUUUUGAGUUCUUAAUCCACCACGGCGAAAAGGGGUGGAGAAUGCUUGGUGGAGUUCUCCUCGCGUUUACCGGAGUCGAGGCCCUCUUUGCGGACCUAGGAGCCUUCAGCAGACGAGCAAUCCAGAUCAGCUGGCUAUGCUACGCGUUCCCAUGCAUUUGGCUGGCAUAUAUAGGGCAAGCAGCGUAUAUCAGCGUCCACCCCGAGGCCUAUUCGAACCCUUUCUUCAACGCGGCGCCACCCGGUACAAUCUACCCCGCCCUAGUGAUUGCAAUUCUUGCCGCCAUCGUUGCCUCGCAAGCCAUCAUAUCCGCAACCUUCCAACUCCUCACGCAGGUGAUGAAGCUCUCGUACUUUCCCCAGUGCAAGGUUGUCCAUACGUCUCGAAUCUUCUAUGGUCAGCUUUACAUUCCGCUCGCGAACUGGCUGCUGAUGAUUGGAACUAUCCUGGUGGCGUCAAUCUACAAUAACACUAAAUCACUUGGGGAUGCAUAUGGGGUCUGUGUCAUGUUCGUGACGUUUUUCGACACAUGCAUGGUCUCGUUAGCUGCAAUGUUUGUGUGGCGAAUCACCCCCUACCUCGUUUUUUUCCCGUGGCUCAUAAUCGCGUGUUUGGAUGGCACUUAUCUUUCAUCGGCGCUCACCAAAGUCCCUUCUGGUGCCUGGUUCACGAUCACGCUCUCCUCAGUGCUUGCAACGAUCUUUCUUUUGUGGCGAUAUGGAAAGGAACAGCAAUGGUUGGCUGAAGCCGAGGAUCGAUUCCCUACGUCACACUUUGUGGCAACGGAGUCAGACGGCCAAAUGCAUCUGACUGAGAGAUAUGGCGGCAGCCCCAUCGGAACUAGUCGCGGUCUGGGAAUAUUUUUCGACAAGGCUGGCGAAACUACUCCGAUAGUGUUCAGCCAGUUCGUUCUUAAGCUCACAUCAAUACCGGAGGUUACCGUGUUCUUUCAUCUACGGCCCCUUGAAAUACCUUCAGUGGCCCCGGAAGACCGACAUUCUGUUUCUCGUCUUGCCAUCCCGAAUUGCUAUCGGCUGGUUGUCCGAUAUGGCUACAAUGACGAAAUUAUUACACCACAUCUUGCAAGCAUCGUCGUCGAUCAAAUCCGGAGGUAUCUAAUGUUGGAAAAAAUGCCACGGCCAGACCGUUUACCUUCAUCGCCUGUAGAAGCCGUCGCGAAUGAAGGUCCCUCCGCAGAAUAUGGCGGCACAAACAACCCUGCAACCGAUAAAGACGCGGACGGUGGAAGAGAAUUAAGUGAUCGACUAACCAGACUGGAGGGGGCGUAUGCACACAAAGUUCUUUACAUAAUUGGUAAGGAACAGAUGAAGAUCAAGACUGAUGCUUCAUUCCCCAGGAAGGUGUUGCUGCACCUUUUCUUAUGGAUCAGGGAUAACACACGCAACAAAAUGGCUAACCUUCGGGUGCCGACGGACAAGGUGAUUGAGGUGGGAUUCUUGAAGGAGAUAUGA